CUUUUCUCUAAAGAGAAACUCUGGCGCAGCGAAUCCGUCUUUCAAAGACCUCCAACAGCUGUUUUCCGGUCGCUCUUCACUAUUUGCAACAAAAAAACUUUUUCAGAGUCCUCAACAAACCUCAGGAUGCAUCAAUUAAUUGCGUUGUUUAGCAUCUUCGCUGUGACACAGGCGACGAUGUACUUGCCUCCAAUGAAGGAUCAUUAUUAUGCGGACCUAGUUCUGCGAGACAUAAUCGACCAAAUGGGAAAUGAACUUGUGGAUGCAGCAGAUUCAUAUCUAGAAUACCAAGACGGAUCAAGACUUGGUAAUGAUUUCCAGGCAAUGAAAGAAAUUCCAGUAGAAUUGCCGAUAGAUUAUGAGGGAAUGGACACACUGAAUCCCAAUCCCAGUAUUCGAGAUCAAGAGUAUUUACAACAUAGUACUCUUUGGAGUCACCAAAAGGAAAAUGACAGUGGAAAUGAUCGACACAGAAUUCAACCUGGAGGACUCAAAGGCGUCAAGGAUGAAAAAACAGAAAAUUCUCUGCCUGCUUAUUGUACUCCGCCCAAUCCAUGUCCAAUUGGACAUACGACUGAAAAUCAUUGCAUCACUGACUUUGAAAACACAGCGGCAUUCAGUCGUGAUUAUCAAAUCGCACAAGAUUGCAUGUGUGAUAAUGAACAUAUGUUAGAUUGUACUAAUGAGACCGAAAGUGAAGAUGAACGUGCAAAUAUGAAAAUCUCCAGCUCGGAUUUGGACCAAAUAGUCGAAAGAUUCCAGGAGGAAAAUCCAUUUUUCCAGGGUGAAAAAUUACCCAUCGCAGCCAAAAAGGGAAUCCACGUAGGCUACUGAAAAAAUAUUGAUACAAGACUCGGAAUAAAAAGGAAACGGAAACAAGGAAUGGAAAAUUCCACAGGAAAGAUUCGAUCCUGCAACUGAAAGAGGCAUUCUAAACCUUCCAAUUUUACAAUUCUCAAACUUUUUGUCACCGAAUUUCCAAUAUCAUGCAAUCUAAAUUUUCUAUGUCUUUCGAAUACUUGAUAGUUCUAAAAAAAUAUUUAUCGUGUGAAAUUUAUAUUCUCUUCGUAUUUCUAAGUUAAGAUCGACAAGCAGAAGUCUGAAGAAAACUUACGAAAAACUGUCGUUUUUUCUCACAUAAUUAUUUUAUUUCUUAAAAAAAAGUUAAUAUUUUUUGCAGCGUUAUUUGGGUACUGGUCAAUUUAAAAGUAAUCUUUGUUUUUAUUAUACGCACUUAUCUGUUAUUAAUACUAAAAUAAUAUUUAAUUAGACAACUAU